AUGGUACGCCCUCUGGCAGGGUCUCCCAAGCUGAGGAGUUCGACACCUCCGACAUUCCGAGUCCUCGAAAUCGGAAGCUUAGCCAAGAGUAAACGUAUGGCAAGAUUCACCUUCGUCUUGGUCGCAACGCUUCCAAAUCGUGGAAACUUCGUCAUACGUAUACCUCGGACCUUCUAUGAAUAUGUAAAACGACUUGAAGGAAGAACUGAAUGGAAAGAUGAGAUUUGGGCAGCAUUUGCAUUCGUCAGGAAAGCUACGGACCAACUGACGGAGCAAGAUCUUCGUGCCCAUCUGUUUGACUCGACAGUUCUUCCAGCGCUCGGUUACGCAGCGGAGACGUGGGCAGACACCGCUGCCACGUCUAGGAAGCUACUUACUACUCACAGAGUCCUUGAGAAAUGUCUUCUGAAGUUAAGCCGGCGCACACAACACCUCGCCGGUCUUUGCAGCUCCGACUUAAGAGGAAUUUCCCCUCUUCGCGACCCAGCGGUAUAUAUAUUGAAAGCAAAGCAUAGAUGGGCCCUUCACAUUAUGAGAAGAAUGGACGAUAAACGCCCUCGAGGGAGACCGCCAACGAGAUGGGUGACGUAUUCGCUGCACGAAUGGUCCAGCGAAGAGCUCAGCUGGAUACGGCUCAAGGACCACGUCAACGUCAUAUGGCAUUCAUUUCCCAGCUUUCUUUGA